AACUAGCAUAAGGAAGCCUAACUGCCGUUCUCUGAAUAUCAGUACGGUAGAGGGCAAUAAUGCGCUGAGUUGUGAGAGGUACCUCACUAUUAACAUGUAAGAAGAAGAUUAAUUGCUACCUUUUGGAAUCUGCAUUGUUCUAUGGAAAAUAGAAAGAAAACUUAAAAUGUGUCCUUAUAUUUUAAAACAUUCCUAAUGAUUAUUCAAGUAUUAAAUAGUAUUUGGCCGGAUUAGCUAGCUUUGCAAUAUCCUCCAACGUUUUCAUGGUUCAAGACUUUUAAACGCAACAAAGAUUGCUCAGAAAAGGCUUCUUGUUUACGUCUGGUGACCUGUCACAGCUGAGCUGGCUAGCAACCUAAACACAGCUCGCUAGCUGGUUAACGGGUUUGCCUAGAAGAUACACCGGAAAUGGUUACUCAACUAUAACAAUGACCUGAUCUACUCCAGUGGUUUAAGCUCAUUUGAAUUACAGUAUAUCCACAAAUUUGAUGUUGCUGGCAAGGGUCUUGUGUGCAGUGUGAAGGGGAGAGAUGGGUACCCUGGGCAGCCGGUUACAGGCCUCCCAGGAUCCAGAGGAAGCAGUUGAAACUGCAUGUGCCAGUGGCAAGCAUGGAUGUGAGUGCAGAAAGAGGAAACGGACUGCACACUGUGACUGUGAAACUGAGGAGGAAGAUGCCUUGAUGGACACACCACGAAGGAAAAAGUUAAAAAGCACCUCCAAGUACAUCUAUCAGACCCUGUUUCUGAAUGGGGAGAACAGUGACAUCCGCAUCUGUGCCCUGGGGCAGGAGUGGAACCUGCACAAAGUGUACCUGUGUCAGUCAGGCUAUUUCUCCAGCAUGUUCAGUGGCUCCUGGAAGGAGUCCAACAUGCUGGUCAUACCGUUAGAGAUCCCAGACCAGAACAUCGACACAGAGGCUCUGCAGGUAGUGUUUGGCUCUCUGUACCGGGAUGAUGUUCUGAUUAAACCCAGCAGGGUGGUCAGUAUCCUCGCUGCAGCUUGUAUGCUCCAACUGGACGGUCUAAUCCAGCAGUGUGGUGAAACCAUGAAGGAGAACGUCAGCGCCAAGACCGUCUGUAACUACUACUCCUCUGCCAGCAUCUACGGCCUGGACUCAGUCAUGAAGAAGUGCCUGGAAUGGCUCCUCAAUAACCUCAUGACCCAUCAGAACGUGGACCUCAUGAAGGAGCUGGCAGUGGAUGUGAUGGAACAGCUGAUCCAGUCCUCAGACCUGUUCGUCAUGCAGGUGGAGAUGGACGUCUACACCGCUCUCAAAAAGUGGAUGUUCCUGCAGCUCAAUGCAUCCUGGGCCGGGCCCAUCAAGCAGCUGCUGGCUGAUGCGGACACCUGGCUCUGCAAACGGCGGGCUGAGUUGGGUGAGGACGAGGCCUUCUUAAAAACCGACGACGGCAUCCCUUUCAUUCCUGUCUUCAGACACGUGCGCCUCCAGUACAUUAUCAACGACCUGGCGUCCGCACGCAUCCUGGAGAGAGAUAACAUCCUGCCGCCUGAUUGGCUGACCUCAGUUUACAAGAGCCAGUGGUUUGCUAUGCUGCGGACGGAACACGACAAUGACAACGGUCCACAGGAUGCCAACAAGGAGGAGUUUGAGACGAGCAGCAUGAGGUGUGGCAGGAAACUGACUAAAGAUGGAGACUACUGUUGGCGUUGGACGGGCUUCAACUUUGGUUUCGACCUCCUGGUGACCUACACCAACCGCUUCAUAGUGUUUAAGAGGAAUACGCUGAGCCAGCCGUGUGGGGGAGCUGUGAGCCUGCAGCCUCGGAGACAUCUGGCGUACAGACUACGCCUGGCCUCCUUUGACAACAACGGAAAGCUGGUUUGUAGUCGAUCCACUGGUUACCAACUUCUCACCUUGGAGAAAGACCAGGAAUAUGUGGUAAUGAACCUGGACAGUCGGCUCUUGUCCUUCCCCCUCUAUGUGUGUUGUAACUUCCAGUACACAUCUCCUCAACCGGAUCGCCGUCCUGAUGCCCCUGAACUAGAGAGCAGCGCCCGUAGUGUGUCCUGAUAGCAGCUCUUACAAUACGGGCUGAUCUGGGCCUUGUCCCAGACCAGCACCUUCCACAAUCCCUCUGAGAACUUCCUGGGCACACACAAACAACCCUGGCAUCUGCAUGCUCUAUAAGCCAGUCUAGUGUGUUUGGGAUAAUUGUUCACCUUUGUUUUUAUAGCAUAUUCAUUAUUUGAAUUUUCAUAUUUCAUUCCUUGGAGAUGCCUUAUUUUUUAUUAUUUAUUUUUCACUUUUUUAAUGAAAGAAGAAAAUCAACAAAAAAUCAACCAACAAUAAAUGUCCACAUCAGUGGGCUGUGGUGCUAUCAGAAAUGUGACCAGUCAUCUCUCUCCUACAGGGAAUCACCUAUAAAUAUGCUCUUUGUGAAUACUAACACAAUAUUGCUAAUUAGUUGGCCAUUCUAGUGUCAAAGUUUGAUUUGAAUUUCAAAUACUGUAUGGCAGAAAAUGGUGCAGAUUUUGAACUUUCAAAAUAUUGAUUUAAUUUCUAGGCUUAUUCUGGAUAGUCAUUAAUUUGCUAUCCCGUAUUGUAAACAUAUUUAUUGUGGACCAAAAGGGAACAUCUAAAUAUUGUACUAAUUACACUUACAGGUUUUCAUGAUAGUGCUAUAAUAUCCUCACUGAAAUGCUGUUAAUGGAUGUGCUGUGUAUACAUUUGUACAUUAUACAGAAACUAUACCAUGCUGUACAUGCUUAUUAUUAAAUCAUGACUGUUUUUAA